GAAAGAACGUUCCGCCUCUGCAUUUAUAAGACUCGAUGGCACGCGCUUUGUGCGCAUUGAGCGCGCUCCCCGAAUUGAGGCGCACUGGACGGUAUGCGCGCGCCGCUCGGUCUUGCGUUUCUCCGCUUUCUGCUGCUGCUGCUGCUGACGGUCGCGGUAGCGGCGGAUUGGGAACUCACGUUGCUGCACACUAACGACGUGCACGCCCGCGUCGAGGAGACCAACAAGGACUCGGGCAAGUGCACGAAGGGCGACUGCUUCGCCGGCGUGGCGCGGCGGUUCACCAAAAUUAAGGAGAUCCGGAGCAGCGAGAAGAACGUGCUCCUGCUGGACGCCGGGGAUCAGUUCCAGGGCACCGUCUGGUUCAACAUUUAUAAAGGCAAAGAGGCGGCGUUCUUCAUGAACAAACUCGGCUACGAUGCCAUGGCUUUAGGAAACCAUGAGUUCGACAAUGGAGUGGAUGGCCUCAAGCCUUUCCUACAGGAUGUGAAUUGCACUGUACUCAGCGCAAACAUCAAGGCUGUUGACCCUGUCGCGCAACAGAUUAGCGGGUUAUAUUUUCCUUCGAAAACGUUCACCGUCGGCAACGAGAAAGUCGGCGUGGUUGGAUACACGUCCAGGGAGACGCCGUCCCUGUCGAUGCCAGGACCGCACCUGCAUUUCGAGGAGGAGGUUGCUAUUUUGCAGCAUGAGGUAGACAAACUCGGCACCAUGGGCGUUAACAAGAUCAUCGCUCUCGGCCAUUCCGGAUUUGAAAUGGACAAAGAGAUCGCCAGAAGGGUCCGCGGCGUGGACGUGGUGAUCGGAGGACACACCAACACUUUUUUAUACACAGGCAAUCCCCCAUCCUCUGAAGUUCCAGUAGGACCCUACCCAUUAUUAGUACAAUCCGAAGACGGUCACCAGGUGCCAGUGGUCCAGGCGUAUGCUUUCGGGAAAUACCUUGGCUAUCUCAAAGUGACUUUUGAUGCUAAUGGAAACGUGAUAAAAGCCACAGGAAAUCCAAUUCUCCUGAACAGCAGUAUCAUUGAAGACCCAAACAUUAAGACAGAAGUGGACGCCUGGAAGGUCAGCCUGGCCAAUUACUCGUCUCUGUUCGUGGGGACGACUCUGGUCUAUCUGAAUGGGACGUUUGAAGAGUGUCGAUUUCGCGAAUGCAACCUGGGAAACUUGAUCUGCGAUGCCAUGGUCCAUCAUAACAUCAAAUAUCCAGACGAACUCCAGUGGAGCCACGUUAGUGCCUGUAUUUUAAAUGGAGGAGGAAUAAGGGGCCCUAUUGAUGAGAAAAACAGAAAUGGUAGCAUCACUAUGGAGGAUAUUCUCUCUGUGCUGCCGUUUGGUGGAACGUAUGAUCUGGUUCAGGUGAAAGGCUCCACACUGCUCCGGGCUUUCGAGCACAGCGUACACAGAUAUGGAGGCUCCACUGGAGAGUUCCUUCAGGUCUCAGGUUUUCAGUUAGAGUAUGACCUCACUAAGCCCCCUGGUGGGAGAGUGAAGAAGGCACUUGUGCUGUGUACCGGGUGUCGUGUGCCGCAUUACGAGCCCCUGGACCCCAAUAAAGUCUACAAGAUCGUCAUGCCGUCCUACUUGGCGGACGGAGGAGACGGUUUCUCUAUGAUAAAGGAGGAGAAGCUGAAGCAUGACAGUGGCGACCUCGACAUAUCCGUCUUCGCUCGCUACGUGACCGAGAGGCAGAGGGUCCACCCUUCCGUGGAGGGACGAAUCCGUCUCUUUAAUUCUGCUGAAGGAAUCUCGAGUCCGUUGGCUGCUUUACUGCUCAUUGUUCUGCUCUGGAUCUCGCGUUUAAGCUCAUAAGAUCAGGAAGGUAUCGCAGUUGUAGCAAAGGAUUUUGGUUCUUUUUAGUUUAAUGAAUAGAUUGUGAUUAUUUUUAAAUUUUUUUACUGAUUUUUAUAGAGAAUUCUAUCAACAAUGUUUGUCUUGUAUAGUUACAAAGAUGUUUAUUUCUAUACACACUGUUCUUUAGCGUUUAGGAGAAGAAAGUCUGUAAGAAAACGUGUUGAGAAAUAGCUUAAUAAUAAAUUUGAAUAAAAGAAGAAAAAUCCGGAAGGUUUUAAAUUUCUGAACCUUCCUUUGUUUAUUAAUUAAUUCAUAUGAAUUCUUUUUGAUUUGUAUUCUGUAACUGCAUUGUUUUCAUGUCGAGUUCUAACCUCAUGAUGUUCAUUUAACCACUUUCAAUUAUUAUUAUUUUUUUACAUUUUCGGAUGUGGACGAAUAUAUAGACACCUGACGUUUUCAGCCGUAUGUUGAUCUUCUCCGAACUGUUCCCACAAUGUUGGAAGCGCACACUUGUACAAUUGUAUAGGACGUCUUUGUGUGUGUUAGAAAUACAUUUUGCCUUCACUUCGACCAAACCUGUUCCAGCAUGACCAAACCACCAUCAUCUGCUACAGAGCUUUGAACUCAACCCUAUUGAACACCUUUAAAAGGAAUUGGAAAGACACCUCAGGUCUCACCAACAUCAAACCAAUCUUCUCAACCACAUUCCAAAAUCCAGUGGAACAUCUUCCCAGAAGAGUGACGUUAUUAUAGCAGAAGUAAAUGCGGAAAUUAAUGAUCAAAAAAGCUUUUGUCCAUAGUGUGCAUUAUCUCUUUAAAUUCCAACUAAACCAGCACAGCGCCAUGUCUACAUGCUGUACCACACGCUGUAUGGAUGUUUUAGAUAAGAUAUACCUUUAUGCGUCCCACAAUAGGGAGGUUUUCCUUGUUAUCUGUAUGUUGAAACACGUUUAAACCGAGCAAACAGUCAGCAGCAGUGCAUAUCUUGUCCGCUGACCUCUUAUCUAGACUCCAAUCAAAAAAAACAGCCAAAACCUCGAAUCGUAAUCCUGAGCAUUGUCAUGGCUGAAAUGUGUUCGAAACGGUCAAAAAAAAACCCUAUGGUUUUGAAUGUAAUGUGUAUACGAUUUAGUUUAUUUUACGUUAAAGCACCACUCCAUCACUCCAUUUCAAAUCAGAGAUCUGUGAUUCGAGGACAUGCUGGAAUCCGGCUGAAGAACGAAGUCAUUGUAAUGCAGUGGAAAAAAAAAACAACUCAGACGAGUUAAACAAAGGGCCGCAUUGUAAACGUCCGUUGCCGUUUGCACCGGAUUGACCUCGGAUUGAGCGGCUCGCUUUAUUUUGGUCUCCACGGUUUCACCGUAGGUAUGUACGCGCCAACUUUUUAAACGUUCAGAAUACAGGCUUCACUUUGAGAACGGCUUUGCAGCUGCAGGAAGGCGGCCAUCGAAAGAAACCAAAACGCAGGAAAAAGAAUCAUCCGAUUUGUUAAAAUCGUUAUAUUUCCAUUGCGAAGGAAACGUGGAAAAAGUGGCCCCGUUACCAUGUUGUACAACAGCAGCAUUUCGUCGGGUUUUUUUUAUUUAUUUUUAGUCUGCAUUCUUUGAACUCGUUCUAAAUCUCGGAAAAGGAAGCAAUGCUUUGUUCAAAUGGUAAUGAAUGGAACAGAAAAUCGUGUAAAACGUGUGUGAACUGUUGCACCGCUGUGUUCUGCUGGAUUAGAUUGAUUGGUCCUGCUAAUAGCAUUUAUUUGAUUAUUAAUAUUAUAUAUAUAUAUAUUUAUAUAUAUAUAUAUAAAUUGUCAUUACAGGGUUUCCCCAAAUUUCACGUCACAAAAUUCAGGACCACGUGUGAAAACGCUGAUUAACCCGCCUUAAAGAAUGGUGAUCAGUAUGCGGUAGUGUACUGUUAAUAAUUGAACGUAUCACGUAAUUUACAGCGAUUUACAGUACAGUACUGUAAAAACGAUACCACGUGGAUUGUAAAGUCACUUGAGAUCAUGGUGUUUGCUUUCAGUUCGUUUUCUCUUAUUUGUUCAUACACACGAGUCCCAAAAAUGGCGUGCGGAUGGACUUUGUUUUGGGAGAUACCAGACAUGCAGUCAUGUUUUAUUUAUUUUCUCAUUUCCGUCAUUAAAACGUGUUUAUGUUCAGCGUGUGUUUUAUAGUGGACGGCCGGAAUGGAAAAUUAAAGCGACUCUCUGUAA